GGCUAACUUUUCUCUUGCUCUUCCACCAUGAUCUUCAACGGCAGUGCUAUCUGACAUAUACCGACGAAGAUGGUAAAAGCGUAGCGGCAUCUACAAAAUCUCGGAGGGAAUGCAUGGGGUCCUGGACAUAUGUAUUGUCAGGCCCCUUCCCUUCGUUUUGCAAGCUUCUAUCGACCAAGCCGGAUGGGAAUGCUCCACCCUCGUCUGGAAAAUUUGUUGCCAGGAGGGCCACCUUCUGUGUGAUGCGACCGCUUCUGGCCAGUUUGUGCGCUCAACUCUCCCGUUGUAACAGUUUCCUGUUCCCUCUCCGGACUAUCCUCGGCACCCCCUUGUCGGAAGUGCCGUCCAGAGUCCACCCAGAGAUGAUAUCGGCAUUUUACUCGUGUAGAGCUUUAAGAACAAGGAUGCUUGUCAUUCUUGCCCCGGUUUUCCCGUCUUCUGCGCAGUAAACAUGGUCACUCCAAACACUCCUUCGUCGUACGAACUACCUAGUAACUUCCUGUGGGGCUUUGCCACAGCGAGUUUCCAGAUCGAAGGGUCAACUGAUGCUGGUGGCCGCGGGAAGUCCAUUUGGGACGAUUUCUCGAAAAUUCCCGGCAAGACUUUAGACGGCAGAGACGGAGAUGUUGCCACCGACUCUUAUAAUCGUUGGCAAGAGGAUCUUGACUUGCUUGUUUCUUACGGUGUGAAGUCGUAUCGUUUCUCCCUCGCCUGGUCUCGUAUCAUUCCUCUUGGUGGACGUGACGAUCCAAUAAGCGAAGAGGGUAUCAAGUUCUACUCCGAUUUCAUUGACGCUCUUCUGGCUAAAGGAAUCACUCCCUUCGUUACACUUUACCACUGGGAUCUUCCCCAAACUCUCCACGAUAGAUACCUCGGCUGGUUGAACAAAACCGAAAUCGUGCAAGAUUAUGUUCGCUAUGCCAGGGUUUGCUUUGAGCGAUUCGGAGACCGUGUGAAGCACUGGCUUACCAUGAACGAGCCAUGGUGCAUCUCGAUUCUCGGUUACGGUCGUGGUGUCUUCGCACCAGGUCGGUCAAGCGACCGCCUGCGUUCGCCGGAAGGUGACUCCUCAACAGAGCCCUGGAUUGCCGGUCACAGCGUCAUCUUGUCUCACGCUUAUGCAGUGAGAGCGUAUCGGGAAGAAUUCAAGCAAAAGCAAGGCGGGGAGAUUGGCGUUACCUUAAACGGCGACUGGGCCAUGCCCUACGAUGACAGCCCAGCGAAUAUCGAAGCCGCUCAGCAUGCGCUAGACGUCGCUAUCGGAUGGUUCGCCGUAAGUCGUCCUCGUCUGUUCGCAUCCUUACCCUCUUUAUUUCACCUUCACGACCCGAUCUAUCUCGGAAGUUACCCUGCUUACAUGAAAGAAAUGCUGGGGGAUCGCCUUCCUUCGUUUACAGAGGAGGAAUGGAGCGUCGUGAAGGGCUCUUCUGAUUUCUAUGGCAUGAACACGUACACCACUAACCUUUGCAAGGCUGGCGGUGAAGACGAGUUUCAGGGCAAUGUCGAGUACACCUUCACUCGUCCUGAUGGCACUCAACUCGGUACCCAAGCACACUGCGCAUGGUUACAAGAUUAUCCUGAAGGGUUCCGCGACCUCUUGAAUUACCUCUACAAGCGGUACCGAAAGCCUAUAUACGUGACAGAGAAUGGAUUUGCUGUGAAAGACGAAGAUAAGAAGCCUGUAGAAGAAGCUCUCCAUGACGAUGACCGCGUGCAGUAUUAUCGUGGGGUCACUGACUCCCUCAUCAAGGCCGUCAACGAGGACGGCGUUGAUGUUCGAGCGUACUUUGCGUGGAGUCUCCUUGAUAACUUUGAAUGGGCCGAUGGAUAUGUUACCCGGUUCGGUGUAACGUACGUCGAUUACAAGACCCAGAAAAGAUACGCUAAAGACUCCGGCAACUUUAUUGCCAAGUGGUUCCAGGACCACGUUCAACAAGAGGAGAAGGAUGCGCCACCUACUCCUGUUAAGAACGCAAAGGAGGUCCCACCCGCUCAUGGUUCAAAACGGGCGAGUGCUGUCCAUGGAAAGACCAAGGAGAAUUCGAAACGGUCUUGGAAGGCACCCCUCGCGAGGAUCACGGCGUAUGUGUCCACAUUCCUCGGAUUGUGAUUCCGUCAAGUGUUUCGCAUGUUUUGUCAUGUAGUACAGUGCCUCUUGCUGUGGACAGGACCUAUUUCAGUCUAAGCCGGCGACCAGUAGAAUGGUACCGCCCUGAUAUUCCACAUUUUGUUGAUUAUGUAUUGCUACCAUGUACUUGUAUGAGUAGUUCCUGGUAUGUUUAGGAUAUUGAGUUUGCAAUGUUAUGUCAGUAUGUGGCUCGAUUUGGAGCGU